GAGUUAUGUCUGGACGUGGUAAAGGAGGAAAAGGUCUUGGAAAGGGGGGCGCCAAGCGUCACAGGAAGGUCCUGAGAGAUAACAUCCAGGGUAUUACCAAACCCGCCAUCCGCCGUCUUGCACGCAGAGGUGGAGUCAAACGUAUCUCUGGGCUCAUCUACGAGGAGACCCGUGGAGUCCUGAAAGUUUUCCUUGAGAACGUCAUUCGUGAUGCUGUCACCUACACGGAGCACGCCAAGAGGAAGACCGUCACAGCCAUGGACGUUGUCUAUGCCCUGAAGAGACAAGGACGUACCCUCUACGGAUUCGGUGGUUAGAUACCCCUACCAUACUGUGCCUCCAAGAGCAAGAACAAACGGCCGUUUUCACGGCCACCCAAAUUUUUCGAAAAGAUACCUCUGAGCAGACGUGUUAAAGAAACGAAGGUGUUAAUUUUUCUAUAUUCAUUUCUAGUGAGCAAAAGAAUUUUGAUUUAAUGUCACUGGAAGAAGGUAUAUUAUUCGGAUAGCCUUGCAGUAACUUGUACACAGGGUAGGGGAAAACAAAUAAUUACAAUAUCUUCAUAAUUAUUGAUUUACAUUAGGUUCCCAUGUAAGAUUUUUGAUCA